UCCAAUUUUUGUCUCUGCUCUUUCACUGUUCCCCGUCCAAGUUGCCUAGAAAUUACACCAUGAUGACUGGACCUCUCGUCAUGGCGGCAAUCUGGACAUUCCGACCCGUCGCUGCCUUUGUUGCGCCAGGGACGUCGGUACACUACCGGAGAGCCUACCAACGACUCUGGAUGGCGUCGUCUUCUUCCGCCACCAUUUCUGUCGACAACAAUGUAUCGCGGAUGAGCGUGCUACAGACACUGUUAUCCAAACAUGGAGCACCCGGUAGUCGACAAUGCGAUCAACCCAAUGACCUUGUUCCCGUCACUUCCUUGCACGAAACACCCGAAUUGGUGUCCUCCAUGACGGGUCCUGACGAACAACUCUCCAAUCUGCACCCUUACUUGUUUCCCAUUGCCAAAUCGACCUCUUCCGGAAAUUACAUUUGUGCCUACCGGAAUCCCUUUACGGAGGAAUCGGACAUAAACCAUCCCUGGCCGAUCGUCGAAGCCCAAAUCGGCGGGCCGGGCAUGCGCCUCUUGGCCCUCAACAGCGAACAUUUGAUGCGCCGCAUUGCUUGCGAAUGUGACACGGACGGCAGUGACGCUUCCCGUACUCUCGUCACACUGUACAAUCAAGAUUUGGGAAAGGGUGAUCUGGCCUCCGCUUUGGACGCUCCCUACCAAGCCGGCGCGGUUGAGCAACUCGGCUACGGCGUGGACAAGUACGUAUUGUUACGGGUGGGCCCCUUUCCCGACCUCUACCAAACCAUGGCACGCCAGCACGCGGAAAAAGGAGACGAGCAGAGUUCUCUGAUUGCUGCGGAAGCGGCCAACGGUAAAUUGGCUGGCUUCGGCUCGACCUUUCGAUUUUACGCACGCCUGUUGGCCUCCUUUCCGAACCGUCACGAAGAGUCACGGGACGCGGCGCGAAUGUGCUUGCGCUUGCCGCUCACCACCAUCGGUAUGAGCAUGGAUGAUUUCCGAGAGGUGGCAGUGCUGGGGCAACUUGCGGAAGAACAGGAUUCCCUGAAGGAUACGAUCGCCAAAUUGAACGACAUGUACGAAAAGCUCCGCAUGGCGGAGCAGGAAGAAGAUGGCAGCAAAACUCCUGAACAAGCUGCCAUUGACGAAGCCAGCUAUCUGAUGGACCAAACGGCAUUGUCAGGGGCCAGAUGGAGUGAGAUUCGACCAAAACUUGGUACGAUUUUUCGGUCCAUUGAUCGAGUUGACAUGGCAAAAUUUGUUGACCUAUAUAGUGACAAGUAA